ACCCACGCGCGUGAAAAGUUGUACGUGCCAAAUUUCACGAGCCAGUUACUAGUAAGCGAAAGAGAACCCGAGAAAAACACGAAACAUGGCGAAGCAAGAAGAAGAAAGCAAGAAAAGGACUGUGUUAAUUGCAGUGGACGGAAGUGAGCACAGCGACAGAGCUUUUGAUUGGUAUUCCAAGAACUUUUACCAGAAGGGUGAUGAGAUAUUGGUAUUUCAUGCCCAUGAGUUGCCUACAACACUGCCAGCCACUCCUUAUCCUUAUGGUUUUGAUUUUUCUGAUGGAUGGAAGCAUCAUUUAGAGGAAAGUGACAAAAAGGCCAGAGUAAUUUUAGAAUCCUAUUACAAGAAAUGCCAAGAAAACAAUUUGAAAUGUAGACUCAUCAAGGAGAAUGGAAACCCAGGAGAGGCUGUUUGUAAAGUAGCAAAGGAAAGAAAUGUUGAUCAUGUUGUAAUGGGUUCAAGGGGAUUGGGUACAGUAAGCCGUACACUUGUCGGCAGUGUAAGCGAUUACUGUCUGCACCAUGUAAAUGUUCCUGUGUCAGUUGUUCCACCUCCAGAUCGCUUUCAACAUCAUGGAUUUACCAACAAAAAUUGACAAAGAACUGCAUCGUAUAUGUUAGAGUACAUAUGACUUGUACACUACCUGUGUCUAUGGGCAGUAAGUUAAAUACAUGUAUACUUCACAGAUGUUGUCACUGGCUUGGAAUGUUGUACGUACAAAAUGUGUGUUUUUUUUGUAGUUGCAGUAAUCAUCAAAUGGUUUAAAAAACUGAAUAAUUUGUACACUACUAGUACAUGUUAUUUUAGGGAGACUCAUUUGAAAAAUGGAGUGAUUUUAAUAUUUCCUAAAUAAAUCAUGAAAUGUUAUGGGA